AGGGGAGUGUUAGGGGAAUGUCCCUUGGCACCCCAGGUCCCUAGCCUUGAAGCUAGACGAGCUAGGGUGCCGCCGCAGAAGGGAGCUGUCCCUUCAGCACCGCGGACCUCCAACGAUCCUGCAUCGGGAAGAGGGAGGCUGGGCAACAGGCGGGGAGCUGUCCGUUCAGCACCACGGACCUCAGCCUUCCGAUGCAAGCGGCCGGCCCCCGCCCCAGGACUCUCCCGUUUCUCCAGUUUGCGCGGGGGUGUGGAGAGCAGGCGGAGAGCUUUCCUGGGAGGCUGGGGAAGCAGUGAACACUCUUCUCAGCGACUCGCCUCCCAGCAGAGCUAUUUUUUGCCAUCCGCCCUCACCCCCGGCACACGCGCUCGCACACACGCACGCACGCGCGCGCACACACACAGACACACACACACAGACACACAUACACAGACACACACAGAGAGAGACACACACACACGCUCACACACCAGACCUCUCCGGGUUUCUUUUGCCUUGAGUCUCCCGGGGCUGUGAGGAACCAGGCGCAUCUCAAGCCGAGCUGCCAGCUGCAAGCUCCGAAGCCAUGCCCAGCACAAACCCUCGUUCCCACCAAGCUCCUGAGGAAUGAAAGCAACCCAGGAAUCCUCUGACCGCAGCAGUGAUGUGGACCAACCCCCUGGAGCCCGCACCCUCCCGAGGGCCAUAGAGGACUCAGGGAAUUGGAGAGAGCUCAAGACAGGAAAUCCCAGCUUUCCCAAAGUCCCCGUGGAUACUGACAAAAGGAGAUCCAGAUUUUUGGAAGAGGCCGUCCUAGGUUACCCAGCUGCAGAGUGAUUCUCCCCUCUGGCACUGAAUCUCCCCCUCCAACCCCCAGCCGUUCAGAGUACCAUGAAGAAUUAUGAGGAUGUGUGACAGAGGUAUCCAGAUGUUGAUCACCACUGUAGGAGCCUUCGCAGCUUUUAGUUUAAUGACCAUUGCAGUGGGCACGGACUACUGGCUAUAUUCCAGAGGUGUGUGCAGGACUAAAUCUACAAGUGACAAUGAAACCAGCAGGAAGAAUGAAGAAGUAAUGACCCACUCUGGGUUGUGGAGGACCUGCUGCUUGGAAGGGGCUUUCCGAGGCGUGUGCAAGAAAAUUGAUCACUUCCCAGAAGACGCAGACUACGAACAGGACACAGCAGAAUAUCUUCUACGGGCUGUGAGGGCCUCCAGCGUCUUUCCCAUCCUCAGCGUCACACUGCUGUUCUUCGGGGGGCUCUGCGUGGCCGCCAGCGAGUUCCACCGCAGCAGGCAUAGCGUCAUCCUCAGCGCGGGCAUCUUCUUCGUCUCUGCAGGGCUAAGCAACAUCAUCGGCAUCAUAGUUUAUAUAUCGGCCAAUGCUGGAGACCCCGGGCAGAGGGACUCUAAGAAGAGCUACUCCUACGGCUGGUCCUUCUAUUUUGGAGCCUUCUCGUUCAUCAUCGCGGAAAUCGUGGGUGUGGUCGCUGUGCACAUCUACAUUGAGAAGCAUCAGCAGCUGCGUGCCAGAUCCCAUUCGGAGCUCCUGAAGAAGUCCACAUUUGCCCGCCUGCCACCCUACAGGUACAGAUUCCGAAGACGGUCAAGUUCUCGCUCCACUGAGCCUAGAUCCCGAGACCUGUCUCCCAUCAGCAAAGGCUUCCACACCAUCCCUUCCACUGACAUCUCCAUGUUCACCCUCUCCCGGGACCCCUCUAAGCUUACCAUGGGGACCCUCCUCAACUCUGACCGGGACCAUGCUUUUCUACAGUUCCACAAUUCCACACCCAAAGAGUUCAAAGAGUCGCUGCAUAACAACCCAGCCAACAGACGUACGACGCCUGUCUGAGCUGACCUCUGACCUCUGCCCCGCCGCCGCCCAGCACAGCCUUGGGGGAAGUGUACACAGAUGUCUCUAAGGUUGCAUGGCAUGGUCCUUGUGAUGGUAUCACUUCUUACAAAGAACGAAACCAAAUGGACUCAACUCCCUCCCACACUGGUCCCUUAUCCCCCAGACCUUAACCCAUCCACUUCCUCUAACUUUUCUCGCUGGUCCCUUAAUGUUAUCCCUCUCUGUGUAUCUGUGCCAGGUGUUUUCUUCCUUCCUUUCUUUUUUUUUUUUUUUUUUCCUUCUUUGCUGGAAGGAUCACAACAUUCUUCCCUCCUCGGGAAAGGACUUGACUAAAAGUCGAAGGUGCGGUCGUAGCAGUGGGGGGAUUUCCAAAGCCCCAUCAGUUGUAUGCCUAGCUGUCCCCAUUGUCCACCCACACAAACUCUCGGGAAACCCACCACACAGGUGGCCCUGAUAGAGGCAUUCACCUUUAAGUGUUAGAAAAACAUGACCAGAAAUCAAAGAUGUCAGUGCCCUGAAGCAGUUAAUGUAAUAAGCACUCGUGUUAUUAAAGGUUUUUGCCUUGUAACCAA